UGCUACCGUCAUUAUGGACUCUAAGUUUAAUGGAUGUCUAAUGCACUAUGUGCUGUUCUUGAUGCUUCUGGGGAAUCACUGGAGUCUUGCACUUCCAGCUCCGACUGAACACAAGUGUUCUUUCAAAAUGACUGUGGAUCUUACGAAUUUACUGGUACACGAAGCAAAGGACACACUGCAAAAAUAUAAGAAGAACAAUUCCUGUAAUCCUCAGAUUCCAGAUGAGGUUCCCAGCGCCACGGUAGCUGGUUUCAACAGGAUUGAGAAGCUGCAAGACAUCUAUGCCAGGGCUGAGCUUUUUUCUUUGCAUCUCUCCCAAGUAGAAAUAUAUCAGAAGAGUCUUUUCAAAACAGAUUCCGAUAUGGAAUCUGUUUUGAAGUCCUUGUCAGAUCUAAAGACGAGACUCAACAAUCUUUUAGAAACAGUAAAAUGCCAUAUCCAAACCAUGGACCCAUCUGCAUCUGUGCCCGCAUCACCUCCUGCACCGAACCUGCGCCAUCAUUAUUCCUAUGAAAAGAAAGUCUAUGGAUGUGGUGUUAUAGUCAGGCUGAGGGACUGGGGACAGAAUGUACGGGGGGAACUGGAGUCCAUGUCUAGUAGCAAUGUGGCACGUUUAAGACGCUAAAUACAGGAAAGGGAAAUUUUCUUAAUGAUGAGGAGUAAAAAAUAAUAAUUUGUGUUUUUCUAAUGUUAUUUGUCAUGGUCAAGAUUUUUAUUUAAAUAUUUAUACUGAUGUUGGAGUGAGAUAGCAUAACUUUAAUCCUUGAAUGAAAAUAUCAUUGCUAAAGGUUUUCUUCUGACUAAAUGUUGUGUGCUCAGCUUUGACUCGUGAAUCUCCUACAGUGAUGAUGAUGAAAUAAUGGCCAACCUUUGCAGAGUUCACAGAUUUUCAGAAUUUGAUGUCUUUUUUAGUUUUGUUAAGAUUGUAGUUAAAUGCACUGGAGUUGU